CAGCUACCAUUCACCACCGAGUGAAGCCCAAGGAGCGAGACAUGGAGGAUUCAAAGAAACCAUCCUCGCUCCAAGUGGAGUUACCGGAGUCCGAGGUGACGCACUUCAAGCUUCCGGUCGACUCGGAGCACAAGGCCACCGAGUUCCGGCUUUUGUCCUUCGCCGCGCCGCACAUGCGCGCCUUCCACCUCUCCUGGUUUUCCUUCUUCUGCUGCUUCGUGUCGACGUUCGCCGCCCCGCCACUACUCCCGGUGAUCCGCGACAGCCUGGGCCUCACCACCACCGACAUCGGCAACGCCGGGAUCGCCUCGGUCUCGGGCGUGGUCUUCGCCCGCCUCGCCAUGGGCACUGCCUGCGACCUCGUCGGCCCCCGCCUCGCUUCCGCCUCCCUCAUCCUCCUCACCACCCCGGCCGUCUACUUCACCGCCAUCAUCAACUCCGCCUCCUCCUACCUGCUCGUCCGUUUCUUCACCGGCUUCUCCAUCGCCACCUUCGUCUCCUGCCAGUUCUGGAUGAGCUCCAUGUUCUCCCCGCCAAAAGUAGGGGUCGCCAACGGCCUCGCCGGAGGUUGGGGCAACCUCGGCGGCGGCGCCACCCAGCUCAUCAUGCCGCUCGUCUACGACCUCAUCCGCGACACCGGUACUGCGAGUUUCACUGCGUGGCGUGUCGCAUUCUUCAUCCCGGGGGUCAUGCAGACCUUGUCGGCGAUCGCCGUCCUAGCUUCAGGCCAGGACAUGCCCGACGGCAACUACCGGAAUCUGGAGAAGGCCGGAAACAAGCCCAAGGACAGCUUCCAUAAGGUGUUCUACCAUGGAGUCUCAAACUAUAGGGGAUGGAUACUGGCCUUAACGUACGGGUACUGCUUUGGGGUGGAGUUGACGGUGGACAACAUUAUAGCAGAGUAUUUCUAUGAUAGAUUUGGUGUCAAUCUCCAGAUUGCCGGGAUCAUUGCGGCGAGCUUCGGGCUGGCGAACAUCGUGUCGAGGCCCGGUGGCGGGUGGCUGUCGGAUCGGAUGUCCGAGAGGUUUGGGAUGAGGGGGAGGUUGUGGAGUUUGUGGGUGGUGCAGAGCUUUGGUGGCUUUCUCUGUAUCAUGUUAGGGAGGAUGGACACCCUCAGUGCGUCCAUUGUGGUCAUGGUGCUCUUCUCAUUCUUUGUUCAGGCUGCUUGUGGGCUCACCUUCGGUGUCGUCCCUUUCGUCUCCAGAAGGUCUUUGGGAUUGAUCUCUGGGAUGACAGGAGGAGGUGGCAGUCUGGGAGCAGUCAUAACUCAGCUUAUAUUCUUCAGAGGCUCCAAAUACUCAAAGGAAACAGGGAUCACCCUCAUGGGCAUCAUGAUCCUGUGCUGCACCCUACCCAUCAUGCUCAUCUAUUUCCCACAGUGGGGUGGAAUGUUCUGUGGCCCGAAACCAAAUGCAACAGAAGAAGUAUAUUAUUCAGCUGAAUGGAAUGAGAAAGAGAAAGAGAAAGGUUACCACUCAGCAAGCUUAAAGUUUGCAGAUAACAGUGUCGGUGAAAGGGGUGAAAAAGGGGGCUCUUCACCUACAAUCCCCGUGGAUGUACCAACACAAGCAUGAACACAUGAAAUUUAUUUAAGAAUGUCAACAGCCAGUUCGAGAAAGAUCAACUCACCUACUGUUUGAUUUCUUAUCCUUGCAAGUUGUUGAUAUGUUUAGAUGUCCGAAUAUGCUGUCUGGAAUGAAAAUAAUGCUUCUUAGAAGAGCAUGUAAAAGCCUGCAGCAACUGCUGCAAUAAUCUUUCCGAGGUAUGUAGCAUCUUUGUGAAUCAAAAGGCUAGAAAAGUUGAGUUCAAUGUUUCGUUCCUUUCUCUACUCUGUACCUAAAGCUUUGUGACCUUAAUUACAAGUGUUUUAGGGCAAUACAAGGAUAAACUAACUAAAUUUGUGACAAAACAAGGCCAAGGCUGAAAGUUUUUAUGAGUGGAACAGAAUAGAACAGAGUCGUGACAGAAGGUCCUUGAAUUCUAAAUGCCCUCAUUAGAAGCUUAAAUAUUAAAUUAUGAUUAAAACAGAUCCAGCUACAGCUAGUACACCAAUUAAAAAGAAGAUUGUUGAUAAAACAACUACAACAUAAUUUCCAAUCAGUAAAUAAUCCAGAAAGCUCUUCUUAUAGGACGGGUUAUAAAAAGGCUACGAUACCCACCUACCGGUCCCCAAAAUUGUUAGCUUCCUCAAUGACUUGCAUCUACAAACGUUUCAAGCCAUAAACUUUUAUCUGGAUGCCCUUUAUAAAAUUAUCAACCAACAAUCAGCAUAAGAAGACACUAAAGCUUGAGGGAAAGCUCUGGAAUUCUAUGGACAAGGAAAUGAGUUCACUUUUCAUUGCUGCUUCUUAUCAGAGAAUGGGCAUCGGGGAAUUUUGCACAAAAGUUUCUUUAUCUAAAACAGCAUAUUGCUUGUUCAUUUCAAUCAUUGCCUUCCCAGCAGCUGUGUCUGACUUGAUCCUCAUCUGUCUCAUAAAGUGCAGGUAAGGAAUACAGAAGCACAAAAACUGCAAAGAAUUAUGCGAUAAACAUGUUAAAAUUUAUGUAAUGCAUUACUGGCAACUAACAAAUUUCCGGACACAAAAAUGUACCCUGAUCAUAAGGAAAUCUGUUACAAAAAAAAAAGUGCAAUAAAAUAAAGUAACAAGCUGAAAAAUUAAUUCUGCAACCCCCUGUCAAUCUCUGGGGAUACUUCUCUAGAUAUAGGCAUUCCUGAAAACAGUUUUGAUAAAGAAAGCAAUGACUCACCAUUUACAUUAGGAGAUGUCCAAAACUAUGCAAGCAAGCAUGGCCAAAAUGUUGAUCCAUAUCUAUUUGUCUGUAUGUCAUAAUUAUAUGGUUAAUGCAUAAUGUCCAUCAGUUGAGUGGACAACAUGUUAUAGGCCAAGUGCAGUCUGAGAAAUAUAUCCAUGGAACCUAAAAUUGAAUACUUCCCUAUUGUUUUGAGCGUUUCUAGUGCUAGUUGAUGGUCAAGAAGAUAUCCACUGUCUUGCAUACCAGCAUGGAUUUAUAAGAUUUCAGAUUAUUCAAACUCAUAUAUAGGAUUUAGAAACAUAGUUAUCUUUCUUUUUUCCAGCAAUAACCAGGUUUUGAACCCCUGGAUAUCCUGCAAUGGCAACUUCUUAGGGAAGAGGCGCCACCAAACAGAGUUGACAGUUCUUGGCGAUGUGUAUUUUUUUUGAAUUUAUGCUUAUCCGAGAAAGAUACUGGUUGUUAUAUUGAUAUAAAAGGACUACUAGAUAGAAAAUAACAUUCAUCAGUCAAAUAGUUACCAUGAAGACAGUCUUGAAAUUGGUCAACCACAAAUGGAAAAUUCCUUGUAGAUUAAAUCAAUCAACCAAAAAGAAAUUCAAAAGAAUUCCAACUAGCAUCCAUGUUCAUAUCUACAGAACUCUUGACCUUUCAUCAUUAUGUGUCAUGUUUCUUCAGUAUGUGUUAGUAAUCUAGGGGUUGCAAUUAGGAAAAUAAUAAGAAGAGGUACAGGUAUCAGCUUCUCUGAACACUGAUACUGCAUCAUCAUUCUUUUGACCAAACCUCAUUGCCAGUGUGUUCCAAAGCCAGUGAGCGUAUGAGGGCCCCAAAUAAUUGACAGCUGAGCAGGAACAGGCAGUAGUAAAUAUAUAUACAGGAAUAGCAAAAGGCAUGUUAAAAAGGCUUCCACCUUGAAUUCAGUACAAUCUUCUGAUAACAUUCAUUUAAAAUAGUUCAAUUAAUUCCUAUAAAAUUGGUUCUUUGUUUGGUGGAAAUAAGUGAAGAAUCCCACAAGUAUUUGUAUCUUUGCAGCUGUCAAUGCAUUUUUGAAACUUCUACUUCUGUCAAGUAGAGAUAUCCUGGUAAUCAAAAAAAAGGCACGCAUAAUAUAAUUGCAAA